GUCACAAAGCCCAGGCCUCCCUUCGCAGGUGGCGUCACGGGUCCCCUGCGCCGCGCCCGAGGUCAGCAAGCAAGGACGCGUGCUUCCCAGCCAGCAGCCGGAGCCGGGCCUCGGAGCUCCGGGAUUUCAGCUCGAGCGACACAUUCUUUGGCCCACGCCUGUCUCCUUCGAGUCACGCUCUGCCCUGUGAGGUGCAGCAUUUGACAAGUCAUUCCCCAGUCCCCACAUGCCACCACCCCCCUGCUUCGGAGUUAACAGUCCUUAACUUUUGAGACUCCUUCCCCACCCCCCGCGCCUCCGUAUAACUCUUAUUUACCCCAGUUUAUUUUUCACUCGUAUGAAAUUAAAUUUGUUUCGGGUACCAUACAGAAGGAUUGAGACUCAGCACUCGUUUGAUACAAAACAAGUUCAUGCUCAUUAGAGUGUUUGUGGGACAAUCGAAUCCCAGUGCACACAGGACACUAUGGCUGAGCACGGGGCUCACAUCACAACUGCUUCGGUGGCGGUGGCGGACGACCAGCCAUCCAUCUUUGAGGUGGUAGCACAGGACAGUUUAAUGACAGCAGUGAGACCCGCUCUUCAGCACGUGGUCAAGGUUCUUGCAGAAUCAAAUCCUGCACACUAUGGCUUCUUUUGGAGGUGGUUUGAUGAAAUCUUCACUCUGUUAGACUUUCUGCUCCAGCAGCAUUAUCUUUCUAGAACUAGUGCCUCAUUUUCUGAACACUUUUAUGGCUUAAAGCGGAUUGUAGUAGGGGGCUCGAAGCAGCUUCAGAGACCAGCCACUGCUGGUCUUCCCAAGGAGCACCUCUGGAAAUCUGCUGUGUUCCUCGUUCUUCUUCCCUAUCUAAAAGUGAAGCUGGAGAAGUUGGCUUCUAGUUUGAGAGAAGAGGAUGAAUAUUCUAUUCACCCCCCUUCUUCUCACUGGAAACGAUUCUACAAAGCCUUCCUGGCGGCCUACCCGUUUGUUAACAUGGCCUGGGAAGGCUGGUUUCUUACACAGCAACUUCGCUACAUUCUGGGGAAAGCUGAGCAUCACUCUCCCCUGCUGAAACUGGCUGGAGUUCGGCUAGGUCGACUGACAGCUCAGGACCUACAAGCUAUCGAACACAGACUGGCUGAAGCCAGUGAGAUGCAGGAGCCCAGAAGCAUUGGAGAGAAGAUAAAGUCAGCUCUGAAGAAAGCUGUGGGGGGUGUUGCCUUGUCCCUCUCUACUGGCCUCUCGGUGGGUGUGUUCUUCCUGCAGUUCCUUGACUGGUGGUAUUCUUCAGAGAACCAAGAAACCAUCAAAUCACUGACUGCCCUGCCUACCCCACCGCCACCUAUACACCUAGACUACAACUCUGAUUCUCCCCUGUUACCCAAAAUGAAGACAGUGUGCCCACUGUGUCGUAAAACUCGGGUGAACGAUACGGUUCUUGCCACCUCCGGCUAUGUGUUCUGUUACCGCUGUGUGUUUAAUUAUGUGAGGAGUCAUCAAGCCUGUCCCAUUACAGGGUAUCCAACGGAAGUCCAGCAUCUAAUCAAACUCUAUUCUCCAGAAAAUUGAAGGAAAUUAGUACAUAUCUCACAGCUCAAGUUCUGUACUGUAAGUCCACAAGACUGUUACUGUUACUGCUACUUCCCUAAUUCAUAACUACAUUAACUUUCAGUAACUAUAUGGAUUCCUUUUAAAAGGGUAUACCACUUGAUCCUAAUCUCUUGGUUUGCUCUCUACCAACCUCAUUAAGCAGGGGAUUCAGGAUUACAGGUGGUGUGAGGGCCAAUGCAGAGGUGGACUAAAGAAGACCACCUCCUUAAGAGCAAGGCUCUCGGUUGGAUAAGAUAGUAUAAUAGGAAUCAGGAGAUAGAGACAGGAUUUUGAACUCAAGGCCAGCUUAGGCUACCAUAGGGAGACUGUCAAAAAAGCAAAACAAAAGUGAGAGACCAAUUAAGAGGGAUAAAAUCAUACAGGAGAACCCUGGUUAGACCUUAGAAAGCAAGUGCCUUGGGAAGCAGGCCUUCUCUUUAGAAAACAUUUCUCUGUGAAGUACAGGUUUUAUCAGACUGCAUACAAUAUGAAACACGGACUUCCUCUUUACAGAAAUACUUAGGAACACUUUAGAGAAAAGCCCCUUCUAUAUACCAUGACCAUAUUAACAUCUACUACAGCUUAUCAGCCUUUGAAGAUUCCUUCAUGAACUAUGCCCAUCUUGGAAACAGGUUAAAGAAAAGUAAGGUUUGUUUAAAAGGAGGAGUCUGGAAAUUUCAAUACGAAUGAAAGCUAGCAAGCAAUGGUGAGAUGCAGUAAAUCACUUAUCUAGUAUUUCUCUAAUGCCUAUCUAAUGAAUAUUUAAAUAGGAGCAAGAGCUUUCUGCUUGCUCUUCUGAGUUUUCUCAGUUGGUAGUUUGCUCAAUUGACAUGAAUCAUCCUAGGUAUUAUGAAAGUUUCUAUGAAACAUUUAAGUAAAUUUUAACAGUACAUGAUUCUGAGAAAGAAUGUUCCAUGCUGUCAUGAUUAUGUGGAAACUCAAAAGAUUACUUCAGGGGUUUAAAUAAAUUUCAUUCAGAUCA